CAUCAAUUAUGCAGGGUAGCCGCACGCACUGGGAAGGAAGAUAGCAGCAACAAUAUGGCGACAGCCGUUACUCUGGACUCUUUUCUACAUCUGCAGUUCAUUGACAGCUCUCUGGAUUUGUGUUAAUGUGGAAAAAAAGCUGGAUGUCUCUGAUGGAAAACUAAUAAAGGGGGAAUAGCUGCAGGAUGAAAACAUGGCCGCACCCCUUAUGUCACCCCCAGGACCUGACAGCUUCAAGAAAUUCACCCCGGAGUCACUCGCUAACAUCGAGAAGCGUAUCCAAGAGGAAAAGAACAAGAAGCCACCCAAACCCCGAUCGGACAGUAGUCACCGUGACACGUCUGAUGAAAAUGACCCCAAGCCCAACAGUGACCUGGAGGCUGGGAAGAGCCUGCCGUUCAUCUACGGCGAUGUUCCUAGAGGAAUGUCGGGCGUACCGCUGGAGGAUUUGGAUCCAUACUAUCAGAACCUGAACCUGAAAACAUUUAUAGUCCUCAACAAAGGGAAAACACUCUUCCGCUUCAGUGCCACGCCCUCCUUGUACAUCUUAAGCCCUUUUAAUCUACUUAGGCGAAUAGCUAUUAAGAUUUUGAUACAUUCGUUAUUCAGCAUGAUCAUCAUGUGUACGAUUUUGACCAACUGUAUAUUCAUGACAUUUAGUGACCCCCCGGAGUGGUCCAAACAAGUAGAGUAUACCUUCACAGGUAUCUAUACGUUUGAGUCACUCACAAAAAUUGUUGCCAGAGGAUUCGCUAUAGAUGGGUUCACCUUUCUCAGAGACCCAUGGAACUGGCUGGAUUUCAUGGUCAUCUCAAUGGCAUAUAUAACAGAGUUUGUGGACCUUGGGAAUGUCUCGGCGCUGAGAACGUUCAGGGUUCUCCGAGCAUUGAAAACAAUUUCUGUCAUUCCAGGCCUGAAGACCAUUGUGGGUGCUCUGAUCCAGUCUGUGAAGAAGCUGUCGGAUGUGAUGAUCCUGACCGUCUUCUGUCUCAGCGUCUUUGCUCUGAUUGGACUGCAGCUCUUUAUGGGGAACCUGCGGCAGAAGUGUGUGAUCUGGCCAAUCAACAUGACUGAGCGCUACCUGGCAAAUGGGAGCAGGGGCUUUGACUGGGACGAGUUCAUCAUGAAUGACACUAAUUUCUACUUCCUUCCUGAUCAGCUGGAUGCUCUACUAUGUGGAAACAGUUCUGACUCAGGACGGUGUCCAGAAGGCUUUAUGUGUAUGAAAGCUGGAAGGAACCCCAACUAUGGUUACACCAGCUUUGACAGCUUUGGAUGGGCUUUCCUCACCCUCUUUCGCCUCAUGACCCAAGACUUCUGGGAAAAUCUCUACAUGCUGACUCUGCGAGCUGCAGGAAAGACCUACAUGAUCUUCUUUGUGCUGGUCAUCUUUGUGGGCUCCUUCUAUCUGGUGAAUCUCAUCUUGGCUGUGGUGGCCAUGGCUUAUGAGGAGCAGAACCAAGCUACUAUUGAGGAGGCGGAGCAGAAGGAGGCUGAAUUCAAGGCCAUGCUGGAACAGCUCAAGAGGCAGCAAGAGGAAACACAGGCUGCUGCCAUGGCGACAUCUGCAGGCACGGUUUCAGAGGCUGCGUUAGAGGAUGAAGGAGGAGGGCACUUGUCCCGCAGCUCCUCUGAGGUCUCCAAACUCAGCUCCAAGAGUGCAAAAGAGCGUCGCAAUCGCAAGAAGAAAUGGCGUCAGAAAGAGCAGGAGAAAGAGAAAGGAGACAGUGAGAAGGUUGUUAAAUCUGAGUCAGACGAUGGAAGCAAGAAAAGCACCAUUCGCUUCCCUGGAAGCCGGCUCGGGAGGAAGACCUCCAUUAUGAACCAGUCACUACUGAGCAUCCCAGGCUCUCCCUUCAUGUCACGCCAUAACAGCCGCAGCAGCAUCUUCAGCUUCAAAGGCCGUUCCAAGGACAUGGGCUCAGAGAACGAGUUUGCAGACGACGAGCACAGUACAGUAGAGGAGAGUGAAGACCGCCGAGGCUCCCUGUUCAUCCCUUACCGCCGCAACAGCUACAGUGGCUACAGCCAAGGCUCCUCCCGCAUCCACCCGCUGGCACCCCAUUCUGGAGGGAAGAGGAACAGCACAGUGGACUGCAAUGGCGUGGUGUCUCUCAUCGGCCCUGGGCCCGGCAGACGGCUUCUGCCUGAGACGACUGAUGUGGAGAUUAAGAAGAAGCACUCUGGCUCUCUCAUGGUUUCUGUGGAUCAGCUCAACUCCUCCUUCAAAGGAAAGGACCGUGCCAACAGCCAGAUGAGCGUCGUCACCAACACACUCCUAGAGGAGCUGGAAGAGUCUCAGAGGAAAUGUCCUCCCUGUUGGUACAAGUUUGCCAACGUCUUCCUGAUCUGGGAGUGCUUUCCUAUGUGGCUGAAGAUCAAACACAUAGUCUACUUGAUUGUCAUGGACCCAUUUGUUGACCUGGCCAUCACCAUCUGUAUUGUUCUCAACACCCUUUUCAUGGCCAUGGAGCACUACCCCAUGACUGAACAAUUUGAGGGUGUCCUGUCUGUUGGUAACCUGGUUUUCACAGGCAUCUUUGCUGGAGAGAUGUUUGCCAAGCUGGUUGCCAUGGAUCCCUAUUACUACUUCCAAGAAGGCUGGAACUGCUUUGAUGGCUUCAUCGUGACUCUGAGUUUAGUUGAGCUGGGACUGGCUGAUGUGGAGGGUCUGUCAGUGCUCAGGUCAUUCCGAUUGUUGAGAGUAUUCAAACUGGCCAAAUCGUGGCCCACCCUCAACAUGCUGAUCAAGAUCAUUGGCAACUCAGUAGGAGCUCUGGGUAAUCUGACCCUGGUGCUGGCCAUCAUCGUCUUCAUCUUUGCCGUGGUGGGCAUGCAGCUGUUUGGCAAAAGCUACAAGGAUUGUGUGUGUAAGAUCGCCGUGACCUGUGAACUGCCUCGCUGGCACAUGCACGACUUCUUCCACUCCUUCCUCAUUGUGUUCAGAGUGUUGUGUGGCGAGUGGAUUGAGACCAUGUGGGACUGUAUGGAGGUGGCAGGACAGACCAUGUGCCUCACCGUCUUCAUGAUGGUCAUGGUCAUCGGAAACCUGGUGGUGCUGAACCUGUUCCUGGCCUUGCUGCUGAGCUCGUUCAGUGCUGACAACCUCGCUGCAACAGAUGACGACGGGGAGCCCAACAACCUCCAGCUCGCUGUGGCCCGCAUUAAGAUAGGGAUUGCCUGGUUCAAGGUUCACAUGCGAAUAUUGGUGGCAUCAGUGCUCAAAAAGCCUGAAGAAGAUGAACAGAAGCCUCUGGAUGAAAUGUAUGAGAAGAAACUCAACUGCAUUGCAAACCACACCGUGGACAUCAACCGUGAACUGGACUAUGCUAAAAAUGGCAAUGGCACCACCAGUGGCAUUGGGAGCAGUGUGGGAAAGUAUAUGAUUGAUGAAGACUACAUGUCCUUUAUCCACAACCCCAACCUCACCGUCUGUGUUCCUAUUGCUGUUGGCGAGUCAGACUUUGAAAACCUCAACACGGAAGACUUUAGCAGUGAAUCGGAUGUGGAGAACAGUAAAGAUCUGGAUGACACCAGUUCGUCUGAGGGCAGCACAAUAGACAUCAAGCCUGAUGUGGAGGAGGUUGCAGUGGUGGAGGUUGUCGAGGAGUAUGUUGAUCCAGAAGCUUGCUGGACAGAAGAGUGUAUUGCCAAAUACAAGUGCUGUGAUGUUCCUAUCACUCACGGCUGGGGAAAACACUGGUGGUUCCUGAGGAAGACCUGCUACCUCAUUGUAGAACACAACUGGUUUGAAACCCUCAUCAUCUUCAUGAUCCUGCUCAGCAGUGGAGCACUGGCCUUUGAGGAUGUGUACAUUGAGCAGAGGAAGACAAUCAAGAUCAUUCUGGAGUAUGCAGAUCGAGUUUUCACCUAUAUCUUCAUCCUGGAGAUGUUGCUGAAAUGGGUGGCUUACGGCUUCGUCAAGUACUUCACAAAUGCCUGGUGUUGGCUUGACUUCUUCAUUGUGGAUGUGUCUAUAGUCAGCCUUAUAGCUAAUGCGUUGGGCUACUCCGAUCUAGGUCCGAUUAAAUCACUCAGGACACUGAGGGCCUUGAGACCCCUCAGGGCCCUGUCACGUUUUGAAGGGAUGAGGGUUGUGGUGAAUGCCUUGGUGGGUGCUAUCCCCUCCAUCAUGAAUGUGCUGCUGGUGUGUCUCAUCUUCUGGCUCAUCUUCAGCAUCAUGGGUGUCAAUCUGUUUGCUGGAAAGUAUUACUACUGUUACAAUGAGACUGCAGGGGAGAACUUCCUCCCUGAGGUCGUCAACAACAAAACAGAGUGUUUCGCGCUCAUCAAUUCAAACGUCAGUGGAGUCAGAUGGAAAAACGUCAAAAUCAAUUUUGACAAUGUGGGCGCAGGAUACCUGGCACUCCUGCAAGUGGCAACAUUCAAAGGCUGGAUGGACAUUAUGUACGCCGCAAUAGAUUCUAGAAAGGUGGAGGACCAGCCGGUCUACGAGGACAACUUGUACAUGUACAUCUACUUUGUCAUCUUCAUCAUCUUUGGCUCCUUCUUCACCUUGAACCUCUUCAUUGGUGUCAUCAUUGAUAACUUCAACCAACAGAAGAAAAAGUUUGGAGGUCAGGAUAUCUUCAUGACAGAAGAGCAAAAGAAAUACUACAAUGCAAUGAAAAAACUAGGUUCAAAGAAACCACAAAAACCAAUACCCAGGCCCCAGAACAAGAUCCAGGGCAUGGUGUUUGAUUUUGUGACGCAGCAGGUGUUUGACAUCUCCAUUAUGAUCCUCAUCUGCCUCAACAUGGUCACCAUGAUGGUAGAGACAGACGACCAGACAGAAGACACAGAGGAAGUGCUUUACUGGGUCAACUUCAUCUUCAUUGUGGUCUUCACUUGCGAGUUUGUAUUGAAGCUCUUUGCGCUACGUCACUACUACUUCACCAACGGCUGGAACAUCUUUGACGUGGUUGUGGUCAUCCUCUCAAUUGUGGGAAUGUUUCUGGCCGAUCUGAUCGAGAAGUACUUUGUGUCACCAACACUCUUCAGGGUGAUUCGUCUGGCUCGUAUCGGCAGAAUCCUGCGUCUCAUUAAAGGGGCCAAAGGAAUCAGAACUCUACUGUUUGCCCUCAUGAUGUCACUUCCUGCUUUGUUCAACAUCGGUCUACUACUUUUCCUGGUUAUGUUCAUUUUCUCUAUCUUUGGCAUGUCCAACUUUGGCUAUGUGAAACACGGGGCUGGAAUCGAUGACAUGUACAACUUCGAGACCUUCGGCAACAGCAUGAUCAUUCUCUUCAUGAUCACCACGUCAGCUGGCUGGGACGGCCUGCUGCUGCCCAUCCUCAACUACCCUCCGGACUGCGACCCCUUACUGGAGAAUGCUGGGACCCCCGCCACCGGAGACUGUGGCAACCCUUCCGUGGGAAUCUUCUUCUUUGUUAUGUACAUCAUCAUCUCUUUCCUCAUUGUGGUCAACAUGUACAUCGCCAUCAUCCUGGAGAACUUCAGCGUUGCCACAGAGGAGAGUGCCGACCCGCUCAGUGAGGAUGACUUUGAGACCUUUUAUGAGAUUUGGGAGAAGUUUGAUCCUGAUGCGUCUCAGUUCAUCACCUAUGCCAAGCUUUCUGACUUUGCUGAUGCACUUGAACACCCGCUCCGAGUCCCUAAGCCCAACACCAUUGAACUGAUCGCCAUGGACAUGCCCAUGGUGAGUGGCGACCGCAUCCACUGCCUGGACAUCCUGUUUGCCUUCACCAAGCGUGUGCUGGGUGACAGUGGAGAGUUGGACAUGCUGAGGCAACAAAUGGAGGAGCGCUUUGUGGCAGCCAACCCCUCCAAGGUCUCUUAUGAGCCAAUCACCACCACUCUGAGGCGCAAGCAGGAGGAUGUGUCAGCCAGAAUCAUUCAGAGGUCUUACCGUGCCUACCUGGCGAGGCGGGGUUUUGUCUGUAAGCGCAAACGAGUCAAUAACAAGGUGGAGAAUGGCGGGAACAAUCAGGAACAAGAAAAGAAGGAGGGCACUCCCUCAACUGCCUCCCUGCCCUCUUAUGACAGUGUAACCAAACCUGACAAGGAGAAAGAGGACGACAACAAUGAGGACAAGGGAGGGAGGAAAGAGAAGGGAAGAAACCAAAAAGACAUCAGGGAAUCUAAAUGUUAGAGCGUUGGAAUAAUAAUCACAGUAAUAACAAUAAAAAUUAUAAUAAUGUAACUUCAAGCAAAGCGAGAGGAAACUCACCCACACAGAUGUACAGAUUAUUUCAUUUGCAAGUCAGAAAAAAUAAUACUCAAUAAUUUUGUUUACAGACUUCAUUCUUAUAUUGAUGCAGAGGGAAGCAGCUUGGUCUGUUACAGCUUGAAGACUCUUGAACUUCAGUCAAACCAAACAUAAUCAACAUACUAUGUGACAUUGUUGUAUCUAGACUACUGAUCUUAACAAAAGGGAAUGAAAAACAGACAAGGAAAUGUCUGUGUCUGCUGAAAGGCAGAUUGCUCACUUUACCACUGCUCUACAGAUAAGACAAGUAACUCUACACCAAGAGGUAGAAUGAAAAAACACUAAAGGAAUUCAGCGCCUGGACGCAGUAAUGGAUUCCUAUGGAAGACAGUGUUGUGAAGGAAAAACAAGGAUGCUGCUGCUGCUUGACGCUGAAGAAUUGUCUUCUUAAAGCAGCCAGUGAGUGCUAAUAUGUCAUCUAGUACUGAAAUGUGUAGAGGAGCAAAAUGACACACUCACUCUAUAAGAUCAAACAGAAGGAUGACUGAUGAGUGAAAGACACAAAAUGACAGAGAGCGUUGGAAGUACUUUUGCGUUUUAUUAAAGCUAGAAAUUGUUCAUUUGAGCAGCAAAAAUGCAAACAGACAAAAAAAGAACAAUAUUCAACAUUUUGCCCAUGUCACUUAACUCUUCUACUCAUUUUAUCUUUGUUAUACCCACAUCAAAAUGUUUUUUUUACAUGGGCUUUCACACCAAUUGGUUAAGGAUCUGUUUAUUAUGGGGUCAACUCGGGCCAAGGGCUUAUAUUUACUCAGAAAGAUUUCCAAACAAAUACAUAAAUAAUUGUGCUUGUUCAAUGCAUAGAAAUGACUUGCAUGAUGGCAUGUUUUGAUCAGAAAUCUUGCAUGAAUUAUCAUAGUCCACAAGACACUAAUACUCAGACCACAGCAGUGGCUCGACUGUAAGAUUGAGGCAUUGUCACAAUUUGAAAGCUCAGAGUUCAGAGUCAAUUGUUUAACAAAGAUAAGUGAUAUUGGGGUUGAUAAUCUAAAAUGGAUCUGAAUUUUUAUCUCAUUACUCAACUUAUUUCAAAUGUUUAAAUUGUUGCCUCUAUAGACAGAAGAAUGGAAUAUGUUGGUGAAUAAUACCGCCACAGUGGAUCAGUGGGUGAAAUCCAAACAAUUUAUUUGCUGCUCUGGAGAUUUUGAGUGUGUAAGAUGUGGAAACGGAUGUCUGUGUGUUUCAUGGGACUGAAGUGUUUGUUAAUUUGGACUUAAAUGUUUUCAAGGGUGCAACACUUUGAAUCUAAAAUGCUUAUAUUUAUAAUUUGUAUGCACCUAUGUAAUGUUCCAUACCAUCUGCCUUUAGUUUUGUGUGAGCGGGCAUUUUGGGAGUCCUACUGUUGGUUAUAAGUGGUUUGUGGGGAUUUCACAGGUAUGGCAAACUCCUUUCUAUUUCUGAUGUUUCUCUUUGGGUGGUGAGACCUUUCUAGAAGAGCUGAGAAUGGUGUUGAUUAUUGUAUUGGCUAUUGUAGCUUAUCUGUUUGUUUAUUUUAUUUUAUUCCCUGACGUAAUUUUCAUGUUUUGGUUGGUAAUAAGUCUUAUUUUACACACUUUUAUAAGCCACAUCUAUGAUGACGAUGAGGGAAUCGGUCUUGGAAAAUAUUUGUUGGUUGUUAGUCGUGUGCUAUUCUGAUGAGGAACGGAAAAUGAUAGCUGGGUGAUGAGAACAUUGUGUGUGGAGAAGCCAAAGAGAUCUGCCUUGUUAUCCCUUGUUGCCCCUUUGUCCAUGGAGUGGGAUUGGGUGAAGUAUGCCCUGCCCAUUCAGUUUUUUGCUGUCAUUAUUAGACAGAGAGACCCUAGAAAUGUAUGCAAUGCUUGAAAAAUUCAUCCCUUUUUCUCAGGAGAUAUUAUAGAUGUACUAUUAUGAGCUCUGCAACAAAAUGCAAGUGAAUGUGAUGGGAGUAUUUAUGAAAUCAUGUUUUACUCUUUUCUGUUUUAUGCCAUGUCGAUGGACAAUGAUCUCGACAGCCGCCCGGUCAGGGGCCAGUUUGGCGCUUCCUGCUUAUGACGCUUAGAAUUAUAGGGCUAGAAGCAUCUCAGUGAAACAGCAACAUUUCGCUCGCUUGUAUUGGCAGCGUUUUUAUUGAUAGCAGAUUACAUGUGUGGUUAAGUCAUUAUGGACUGUAGUCUGGUCUCAAUUGAUUUGGAUAAACAAAAUGUUAAAGUUCACCCCCGAUAGCAAUCGCAGAUAUAGGAAACACUGUGAGGAGAUGUCAUGAGAGUGAAUUGGGAUAUGUUGGUUUAAGAAGCACUCUUAAUUCUUCCUGAAGCAGAAGCAGUGUGCUCAGAGGAUAGGCCCCAGAUUACAGUAGUUAACAAGUGCUCUGAGCCUCUUAUUUGCUAUUUUACCCGUCAUAUUGCUCUAUUGCAUUACAAAUACCAAAUAAACUACAGAGCACUGGAUGCAUUCUAAUGGUACUGUGAGCCUAAGCACCACACCACAGCUUUUGCACUUCCUGUUGUGCAGUGAUGUCACUUCCUGUUGAUGAUUAACUCCCUCAUCCGUUCUCAAGUUUUAUGGUCCAGUUGCUGCAUGAGAUCUCCAAAAUCAGUGUGGGUGUUACCUUGAACCAAAUAAAACUCUGAAUGAUAAGCAUAAAAGCAAACGCCGUCCAUUUUCUCCAAGAUCACCAUGGUUACAGAAAGAAACCUAAAAAAAAUAGACACACACAUCCAUUUUGGAAAGAAAUGUUUAAAAAAAUACAGUUCAGGAUAUGUUCUAUGCGACACAAACUGCGAAGAAUGGACUUUUUAAAGAAACUAUAAAUAAUGUAAUAUAUUUUAUUUUAACGGCAUGUGUAGUUUUUUGUAAAUACAGGAUUACUUAAAAAACUACAGCUAUUAAUCUAACACUAAAUAUUAAUAACCGUAAAUAGAAUGGCUUCCAGCUGACACCCCUUGUCACACUUGUUAGGCUGUGACACAUUUGUUAGAUGGAGUAGAUUUUUUUGAGUCACUUUUCACAAAAAAGAAGGGAGUAAGCUAAAAGAAUCUAUAUUAAAAAGCAGAAAUUGUAUUUAAAAGUGUAUAAAUCAAUACAAACAUAUACAGAGCUAUAUUACAUAUAUAUUAUAUAUAUAUAUUCUACCGUAUAUAUAUAUAGUAUAUAUAUUCUCCUGUCCACUCCUUGCAUUGAGGUGAUACCAGAACCACAGAGUUUAACUGAUCAUGCUUCUUUCUUUGUGUGGUAUGUUCAGAGAAUAACCAAAACUCUGGCCUGCCCAGGAUUUCUGCAUACUGGGUACCAGCGUACAAUGCAUGGUGUUGUACUGGCUGCUUGCUGAGAAUUGUGGAGCCUGCCUUGGUGAGAGGAUUGCACUACCAGCAUACCCUUUUGUACAUGUGUGAAGAUGUUUUGCCCCUAGUUUCCUAUAUUGUACUCACAGAGAUAAUACAGACACAGACAGACACACUCACUGCCGUUUACAGGCAACGGCUGGUUAACCAGUGCGCCCCAGUAUAAGCUCACUUUGUGUGACUAAUUUUUGCUCGUUUCAGCUCUAACCCUCUUCCAUGUUUCCCCCUAACACUGCUGCAGUUUGGAGUUGAUCUUUAAUUUUGCUGUCACUUUCAAUAUGAUAUAUCUAAUGAUUUAAGGGUUAGUUGUCUUAACUGUCUGUGUGUUUGUUUAUGGUGCAAUAUCUCUUAACGGCACGUGCCUUUUUAGCUUCCUAUUUAGUCAGUCGAUAAAAUCAGCAAUGAGGAUCUCAAAAACCCAUGGGAGUGAAUCAAAAUGGAGCACGAUAGAAAUGAUGUAUUGAGUUCAAAAUUAACUUGUAAACUGAAAACUCACCACCUAGAAUAGACUGUCUGGACUAACAUCUUGUAGAGUCAUGUAGUACAAGUGCUCUCUCUGUGUGUUCUGUUUACCGGCUCUCGGGCUAGUAAAGGGAACAGCUUGCCUUCUGUUUUACACUUCUGUUCAUUUCCAAAUGUUGGGUUACCAAUCGGUAUACGAGGCCAUUCUUUUGUAGCAUGACUGAGAUAAAUUUCUUUUCUUUCCUGAAAAUAGGCUAACUGAAAAAAAAAUCUUUUGACUGUCAUUAUCUCUUGCCACUAAUACAGUCAGAGAGAGGACGUGUGUUGCACAACCACAUGGGACGAUUAAAUGAGAAUCAGUGAAAGAAUAUCUUCAUUUGAGCACGAAUCUAUUUCCAAACAAUAAAGCAGCCUUCCAGUUA